CGCCAGUGAACUUACUGCGUGUUGUGUGUCCCUGCAGAUCACAACAGCUCCACACACAACAACUCCUCACUUCUUUCAGCCUCUGACCCCACAGCUGGACUUCAUAUUGUCAAAACUUUCUCUGCAACUGAUGUUUGUGGAACAAGAGGUGGAAAGGCUUGUCACACAUCCGACUCCUCUUAACGAUGUGAGACUCGUGAACAUCCCCCCCGCUGUGGAAUAAGCGACUGUCUUCACUUUCAUCGGGAUGAUUUCACACCGAGUGAUUCACUCCAACUCUUCAGUGUCAGUGAGUCAGCCUCAGGGGUUAUUAAAGUCAUCCAUCACUCUGGGAGUUUACAAUAUGAUCACCCGAGUGACAUUAAACACCCCCGCUCUGUGUAGGUAGCUCUGCUGUCUUUAUUCUUAUGGCCGUUUCUCUUAAAUAAGUCACCGGGGGAAAACUCAAUCCUAGACUCGUAUCUUUUGUCGAUGAUGUGGAAAAUCUGGUGAUACCGAGAUCGUCUGUAACCAUGAUGGCCGCCGCCUCCUUUCAAGAGAAGGAGCAUCCCCUCCUCCAGAUGCAGGAGGUGGACUCCAGUCGAGUUGGCAGCCACUUCCCCCCCCCUCCCCUCAGGGCCUCCUCUCCUGGCUUAUCCAUGGAAAACCAGCCCAUUUGCAUCCCCUCCCCUUACACGGACAUCGGCCACGACUUCCCCUCCCUUCCUUUCUACAGUCCAACCAUCUUCACGUACGCCGGUCCCGGUAUCUCCGACUGCCCCUCUGUCCGUCAGUCACUCAGCCCCUCCUUAUUCUGGCCCAGCCACGGCCAUGUGGGACCCCCCAUCCCUCUGCAACACGCCCAGGCUCGGCCCCCGCACGGGCAGCCAGUCCAGAGCCCGUGGGUGGAGCUGUCGCCCCGGGACAGCGUCCUGACAACCAGUAAGAGUGUGAGGAGGCGCUCCCAGGAGAGCGAGGAGGCCGUGGUGUCGUCCGGCGGGAAGGCCGACCUCCACUUCUGCGCCGUGUGUCACGACUACGCCUCGGGCUACCACUACGGCGUCUGGUCGUGCGAGGGGUGCAAGGCCUUCUUCAAGAGGAGCAUCCAAGGACACAAUGACUACAUCUGCCCGGCGACUAAUCAAUGCACGAUAGACAAGAACCGCCGUAAGAGCUGCCAGGCGUGUCGCCUUCGCAAGUGCUGUGAAGUCGGGAUGACCAAGUGCGGUAUACGUAAAGAGCGUGCAAACUACAGGAACCCCCAGACGAAGCGUGUGACCCGUCUGUCCUCUGAGAGCAGAACCAACCCACCAAAGGCGUUAAUCCGACCGGCGGUGGAAUCAUCAAACGCACCCCUUCCUCCGGCUCUGACCCCGGAGCACCUGAUCGGCAGGAUAAUGGAGGCGGAGCCGCCGGAGAUCUACCUGAUGAAGGACAUGAACCGCCCGCUGACCGAAGCCAACGUCAUGAUGUCGCUCACCAACCUGGCAGACAAGGAGCUGGUCCACAUGAUCAGCUGGGCCAAGAAGAUCCCAGGGUUCGUGGAGUUUGGCCUCCUGGAGCAGGUGCACCUGCUGGAGUGCUGCUGGCUGGAGGUGCUGAUGAUGGGGCUGAUGUGGAGGUCAGUGGACCAUCCAGGGAAACUCAUCUUCUCCCCGGACCUCAGCCUGAGCAGAGAAGAGGGGAACUGCGUCCAGGGCUUCUCAGAGAUCUUCGAUAUGCUGAUAGCUGCCACAUCCAGGGUGAGAGAGCUCAAGCUGCAGAGGGAGGAGUACGUCUGCCUCAAGGCCAUGAUCCUCCUCAACUCCAACAUGUGCCUGAUCUCGUCAGAGGGCAACGAGGAGCCUGAGAGUCGCUCUAAGCUGCUGCGUCUCCUGGACGCCGUGACGGACGCUCUGGUGUGGGCCAUCGCCAAAUCGGGCCUCACAUACCGCCAGCAGUACACCCGCCUCGCCCACCUGCUCAUGCUGCUGUCACACGUCCGCCAUGUCAGUAACAAAGGCAUGGACCACCUCCACUGCAUGAAGAUGAAGAACAUGGUGCCUUUGUACGACCUCCUGCUGGAGAUGUUGGACGCCCACAUCAUGCACAGCUCCCGCCUGCCCCCUCAGCCCCCGCAGCAGGAGCCCGGGGACCUGACAGAGGUUCCCGAUCGGCCACCGAGCUCCGGCAGCUCCCUGUCAAACACCUGGACUCCUGGCAGCACCGGGAGUGGAGGUGAACCGCAAUGAAUUCACCGCUUUGCACAUAGUUCACAGAGAUUGAUCUUUUUUUUAAUGGAACAUUCUGCUGGAUCUGUGGACGUUCACAGGGGGAAACAUUGACACACCCUGCACUUAUUAUAGGGAACUCAGCUUUGGAGAUUUGAGGACUGAACUUGCUGCUUUCUUUGCCUUAUCGACACAUAUUGGAAAAACAAACAUUAAUUCUUGCUUAGAUGUAUAUGCAAUAUGUCAAUGCCAUGUUUCUCUUGGGCCGAGCAGCUAAUUUCACAUCAGAUCAUUUUCAUAUUCAUCGUCCAUGUCUGCUAUUAUUCUGGAGGUCCAAUAAAGGAAACAUUGUGCCAUUAAUGACUGAAGAGUUAACAAGCAUGCCAAGAAUAGGGUAACAUGCUGCUAUUCCGACAUACCUCUACUCCGACAUUGACGUCUAAUUGUCGGAGUAGAGGCAUUUCCAUUUUUUUUAAAAACGUGCCACUACAACAAAAAAUGUUCCAUUGUCGGAGUAGCGGCACUUUCUUCCGACAUGGUGCGUUGGGUCUGCAUAGCUCUACUUAAGUGGAAGCAUUCGGAGUGGUAGUUGACACUGUCAGACACGCAGGGCCCCCAUCCUCCCUCAUGGACGCUUCUGAUAGUCAGUCAGUCAGUAGGGGCUUGGACUGGGAAGCGUAGGGUCGCCGGUUCAAGUCCCCGAACAGACUUGAAAAUAUGGAAGGUGGACUGCUACUUGGAGAGGUCCCAGUUCACCUCCUAGGCCCUGCUGUGGUGCCCUUGAGCAAGGCACCGGACACCUCCAAUCCCCCCUCCCCAUUGCUCCCCGGGCGCUGCACAAUAGCUGCCCGACUGCUCCAAGUACUAGGAUGGGUUAAAUGCAGAGGUCAAAUUUCACUGUGUGUGCUCUGCUGUGUGCAUGUAUGUGACUAACAAGAGGGUUUCAUCCUCCGAUUCUAUCUGAUAGCCCUCCCGAAUCCACCGCCACUGCUCCUCCAAGUCUCUCCAUCGUCAUCACAUCAGCUCCGGUCUACAGCUCCGCAGAAUUGGGAGCAGCCUCGAUGGCUUGCAUAGCUUUAGCUUUCUUUGAGCGACUCCCUUGCAGAUCGGAUGCAGGGCGAUCGGACAACAACGAAAUUGAGUGCCAACCAGUCAGUGCAUCCAUUACAACAGUAGGCUGUAUUAUAUUAUACAAAAUAAACUGAAUAUGUUAAAAAAGUAUAUUUUAAAAAGACACACAAACAAAAAUGAAAGAAAGGCGAUGCCCGACGCGCCUGGGUAGACUGUCGGAACGGCGGUACUAAAAUUGUGUCGUAUUAGGGGUAUGUCGGAAUAGAGGGUGCACCCCCUGCUGGUUGUAGCAUAACACACAAUCCUCUCAUCUGACUUUCGCCCACAAAAGGCAAACUAUUGUAUUUCCUGAACUGUCAAACUCUACCUGUAUUACAGAGUCACAUCAACAUUGAGAAAGACAAUAUAUUUAUAUUAGCAUUUAGCAACUACAGCUCCUGUGUUUUGACAAGAGCUGUUGCUUAAAGCUGUUGUUGCAUAUAUUUCUAUUUUUACAGUUCAGUGCAGUAUGUUUUAUCCACAAGCUUCGAAAAUACACAGAAAACUCUUCAGUGAAGCCACUUAAAGGCUGGAAAAGCUAUUGAAAAGCAGAUUCUGGUUUGUAACACGCAGAUGUCCACUACAGGGCGCUGUACAGCACACACUCACACUGCAGUUCACUCAACAUGUCCGUGCACAGUGUGUCUUUGUCAUCACAGACAUUUCAUUUCUUGUUUUCUGAGAAGAAGAUCACUACUAUUGCUCUUAAGACAACAUUGCACUCCUCAAGUUUUACUUGAAGAGAGUUAUUUUUGUAUCUUAGACCUCUCUGAUGCAGCUGCAACCACCAGCAGGACCACUGCAACAAGAGUGCGUUAUGUAAAUAUGUAGACUUUUAAACAUCCUCUCCAUGAACAUCUGUACACGUUCAGUCCUGUGUCUUUUCCUCUGGUCACAUACGUAUAUCACCAUACAUCACAAACUGUUUCUUCACUGUGUGUACUUUGAUUGUAUUUUCUUUACAAGUUUAUCAAAAAACAAAUUCAUGACAAAGCUUUUGAAUGUUUUGUAAAUUGCUGAAAGCUAAUUAAAAAGUUAGUAAGUGAAGGUUGGGAUUUCGUGGUCUGACCUCUGGUUAGAUUUUUAAUGAAUGUGUUGAUACAUAACACAUUUCCCAUUAAACACCAUGGCUCUGCUCUGGUGAUUAUAUAUAUAUAUUUGUAUUUCUUUUUCUGAUUUGACCUUUUUAAAGCCUCUUCACUGACCACAACAUCCUCUCUCUUUGGAGGACAAAUGUAUAUCUGCGUAUCAACAAUGCCAAAAAAAGAGACUUCAAACUGAUUUAAGACAAUCAGUGUUUACUACCAGAAGAUUAGGAUGAAUCCCCCGUUUGAUGUUAUAAAUAAGCAUUAUAUUAUCACAUUCUGUACAACACAUCAUCGUGAUAAAUCUACAGUGUUUCAGCAGUGCUCACAAUCUACUCAAGACCGACAGCAUCUAACAAAAAAUAUACAACUGUGUGUAUAAAACUGCCACCAUUUUGUACAGUUGGCUUUAUAAAGACAACAUUACAAUUUCAA